AUGGCUACUGAAAAAGUUUUCCACAACUCUGGAGUGGAUGAAAAACCCUUGGCUUGCAAAGAUGCUGUUAUUUUUCUCUACCAAUAUGUUGUACACAGGAAAUAUCUUAUUCCGAGAUACCGGACAGAAUCCCUGAAAGAAAGGGCAGCUGUGAAUUUUGUACUUCUCCGUGAAAACACUGUAGCUGAUCUCGGUGAAAACUCUGCACAUCUCAGUGAAAAAACAGUUAACUUCAGUAAGGAAUCUGCGAAUCCCAGUAAAAAAUCAGUAGCAGCUGUGAAUUCUGUACUUCUCCGUGAAAACACUGUAGCUGAUCUCGGUGAAAACUCUGCAAGUCGCAGUGAAAAAUCAGUAUCCUUCAGUGAGGAAUCUGUCAGUCCCAGUAAAAAAUCAGUACCUCUUAAUAAGAAAUUUGUACUUCAUCAUGCAUCUGACAGUAGAUUAGUACCUCCUAGGAAAGUGAGGGCAAGGUCUCAUGCUUCAAAGGAAUCCUUGUUGAUGAAAAAUGCUAAAUCUGACAGUUUUAGACAAAACUUCACUUUCAAUCCAAGAAGUUGUUCAGGAUCUAAAGCAACAAUUUCUUCAAACUUCCAAACUCCUUUCAAAAUCUACAUCUAUGAGCUUCCUCCGAAAUUUAACACAGACAUUCAAACUGGUCUCACGCACAAACACCCUGAGUGCUACUCGUUUGAAUAUUGUGGAAGUGGAGACCGACUUUUUGCCAUUGAACAAGGUGUUCAUGUUCACGACAGCCAUCAGUUCUCGCUGGAGGUUCUCAUCCACCAUCAGUUACGAUUCAGCCCUUAUCGAACACUUGAUCCGAACCAGGCUGAUUACUUCUACAUCCCAGCCUACAUAAGCCUACAGUGUCUGCUUGCCUCUUAUCCCCGUGUAAAAACCACAAUAUCACUGAUCAACGAAUUGUUUAGUUACCUGAAUGCCAUGCCAUACUUUUCUGGUGGAAAACCCCAUUUUUCCACUGUGGGAAAGAUUGAGAAGGAGAUGUCAUCUAAGGGCAGCUGUCCUUAUCUCUCUCACCCUCAGACACGGAAUAUCACCUUCUUGUCGAUCGAGAGGGAAACAAAAUACUCCAGGGUCCUCCGGAAAGUCAUCUCAGUGCCAUACCCAAGCUACAUUCACCUGACAGGAAAAUCCCGUUUUCCACCGGACUUCCGCGUCAUUGUCGAUUUGCAGCGGAAUGUCUUCAUACUAUUAGCAGCAGGUACCAGAAGAUCCACUCCAUAUCGUAACAUAAUUCUAGACCAGUUCACCAAUAAAACCACCCUGUCCUACCAAGAAUUCAUGAAAUCUAGACAGAAGAACUUCACCCUCAAUAUGGUCAUGUUGAAAACGAGGGAAUGUGAUCAAAGAGCUAAAUAUAGUACAAUUCCCUGGAUGUUACGUUCUGUCUUCUGUCUGCAGCCCCCAGGGGAUUCCCCCACCCGGAAGUCCUUCUACGACUCCCUCUUAAGUGGGUGUAUCCCCGUUCUAUUUCCCUAUCCCGACCAUCCAUCUGCCUGGGCAUUCCAAAAUCACUUCAACUUCACCGAAUUCACCAUCACCAUUCCUUAUGAUUAUAUGCAUUCUCAGAGCAAUAGUGUAUAUGAUUUCCUCUCCCAGUUAUCCCCAGCAUACAUUUUAACUCUACAACAACAAGUCAGAAGAGUGGCACAGUGGUUCCAGUACAGUAUUCCUGAUGGAUCCCAGACAGAACAACAGGAUGCCAUGACACUGAUAUACGAAGACCUGCAAGAUGCUCUCUCAACAGGAUAAACCAUCAGAAAUUAA